GACAAAUAAAUCACAGUUUGAAUCCCAAAUCUUCAUCAUCAUCGUUUACUUCAAUUCUUCGAUCCGAAAUCUCAGAGCGUUGGAAAAAAUGUCGUAUUAUUCAAAGGGUGGAAACAGAGACGAAAGCGUCGAUGAUUUCGACGAAUACGACCCAACACCAUACGGCGGAGGUUACGACAUUCACCUUACCUACGGUCGUCCAAUUCCACCGUCUGAAGAAACGUGUUACCCAUCAGGUUCAUCCAAUGAUGAUUUUGAUUAUGAUCGUCCUCAGUUUUCGUCUCAAUCUGAACCUUCUGCUUAUGGCGAUGAAGCUCUUGCUACUGAGUAUAGUAGUUAUUCUCGUCCUAAACCUAGACCUGCUCCUGCUGGUUUCAACCCUGGAUCUGGUGGUGGUGGUUAUGGUGGAUCGGAGUCUGGUGGUGGUUAUGGUGGGAGGAAGCAAGGAUCUGGGUAUGGUGGUGGGGGUGAGGAUUCUGAAUUUGGAUCUGGGUAUGGUGGUGGGGCCCAGGAAUCUGAAUAUGGGUCUGGAUAUGGUGGAAGGAAGCAAGAAUCUGGGUAUGGUAGGAAUGAAGGGGAAUCUGAAUAUGGAUCUGGGUAUGGUGGGAGGAAGAAGAGUGGUUAUGGGGAGGAAGAAGGGUAUGAAGCGAAACCUAGCUAUGGGAGGAGUGAGUAUGAGAAGAAACCUAGCUAUGGAAGGAGUGAUGAUGAGGAGGAGGAGAAACCUAGCUAUGGAAGGAGGACUGAGUAUGAGGUGAAACCUAGCUAUGGAAGGAGUGAUGAUGAGGAGGAGGAGAAACCUAGCUAUGGUUACGAGCGUCGUCCUGAGAGGCGUCGCGAUGAUGAUGACGAUGAUGAGAAACCGAGCUAUAGGCGUCGUGAUGAUGACGAUGAUCAUGAGAAACCGAGCUAUGGUCGUAAGAAAUAUGGAGGAGGAGAUGAUAACUCCGAUGACGAUGAUGGGAGGAAGAAGCAUUACCACAAGAGUCGCAAGAGCUAUGAUGACAGCGAGUAAUCAAAAAGGCCGAAGUUGUUGCGUGGAAGUCAUCCCAUAGUUACCUAUUAAAUAAAGGGUUGACACACAUCAUACUUUCUUCUUUACUAUGUAUGAAGUAUUGAGCUUUCAGAACUUUUGUUCUAAACUAAAUGCUUUGUUGUUUGGCUUUUGAGUUAUUAUAAUAUCCCUAAUGUUUGAGUUGUUGUGUUACACUAUAAGUUUGGUAAAGUUUGAAUUUGAUUACAACA